AGUCUAUCCUCUACGGAUGGGACUUUCGUUAAUCGCAUUUACUUAGUAGCUCAACUUAGCGUAAUCUGACAAUGGAUCAACCUGCAAAACUUUGUUACAGCCUAUUGGUUCUUACUUUCUUCGACUCCUGUUAAUAGCAAUAUUAGAUCUGCUCCAGAACAACGAGGCUACAGCUCCGGAAAAUGAACGAAUUGACUCUUCCCCCCUCGCCAAACUGGUAUCUCAGCACGGCAUUGGCAUGUGCUAGAGAUGGUACAAUUGCGUGGGGUACAAAAGCAAGUUUAAUCGUAGCUAAACAUAUCUCAAAGGACAACAAAGCUCUCACCUACGCUACCAUUCCCAACAUUCACACUGAGAAAAUAAACUCUGUAGUAUUUUCUCCUGACUAUGGCCGACCGGGGAGGAACUUAAUCGCCACGGGUGGCAAUGACCUCAGCGUUAAAGUCUGGGACCUCAAGCAGAUGAAGUUGACCUCGACAAAGAGUUUUAUUGAAUCGGAACACAAAGUAAUCAGUGUAGACUGGUCAAGGAGUGACCCUAAUUUAAUUUGCGCCAUUAGCAGUCAAGGAUCCCUCCUCACCUGGCAGUAUACCUUUAAUACUAGUCAAAUAUUUCACUUAGGCAAGUUCACUGCAAGCUGUCUCUCCUGCAGUCCCCACAACCCCAAUCUCAUUGGAAUAGGCACAAAAUCAGGGCUCAUUUACAUUGUCAACUCUUACGGAAAAAUAAUCCACAAACUUCGUGGUCACGAUUACGAAAUCGUCAGCCUUUCCUGGUGCCCCACACCUCUAAAUAUAUUUAAAGAAGAUUGUCCCAAAGACUACCUCCUUGCCUCAGGUGCCAAGGACCGUUUCAUCUACAUCUGGAGACCUGCAACAGAUGGUAGAUACGAAGUUAAAGUACCUAUUCCCAACUCUCCUCAGGACAACACCACGCACAGAACAAAAUUAAGUAGCAACCUUUUCACGGUGGUUCUCUGGGUAGAACCUGGUAUUCUCGUUGCUAAUUCCGCAUUUGGUGAACUUUUGGCUCUUAAACUCAAUUCAGUGAAAGGAAAUUCGAAGCCAGAUUGGAGGGUACUUCAUGGUCAUCAUUCUAGAGCUAUCUUCUCAAUAUCAAGUUACGUUAAACCCCAAACUGGAGAGGAGAUCAAGCCAUCUGACGAUGAUAACUGGAGAACAGAAAAAGAGGAAAUGGUGUCAAAAAAUAGAGAGAUCUGGACGACUGGACAGGAGCGUCAGGUAAUCUGCACUGUUUUGGGGGAUGAAGACGAUACUUGGAGAACGCAUUACAGCAUUCACACACUCUCCGGUUACGUCUACUGCAUCGCGCCCUGUCCCUUGGAUACCUCAAGGAUUGCCAUUGGUGUUGGUGAUGGAAUGUUGAGGAUUUGGAAUUUAUCGGAGCCCCAUGAAACUACAUGUGAUAUCAUCACUGCUUGGCAAGACAUAAAAGACAGAGUAACUGCUAUAGCCUGGCAUCCUGAUAAGGAAAAUCUUCUAGCUUAUGGAACCAGUGAAGGACGAGUUGGCGUUUACGAUAUUUUUAACGUUUCCAAACGUCCUGUUGUCUUCAAGAUGCAUCACAGAAAGACUAUCUAUCGUCUCGAAUGGGGCCCAAGUCCUUCAACGUCACAUUCCUCCAAUGAUAAAAAUCCAUCAACGUACUUACUCUUCUGCUGUGGAGAUGGAGAGCUUACUUGUUUCAAUUAUGAUAAACCACAGCAAGAGCCUAAGGUGAUCAUUAAGAAAAGCUGCACCGACAUAGCAUGGAAACCGAACUACUCUUGUCUAGCUGUUGGCCAUGAUGAUGGAUCUAUCUCCUUCUUGAAUGAUCAACUUGAGACUUUUGGAAAAACAAUUUUCUUAUUGAAGAAACCAGUCGAGUGUCUCACUUGGCAUCCAGACAGCACUGCAACAGAUCUUAACUUGUCUCACUUCAGAAAUUAUCUCGCUGCCUCUACCACCUCUCCCAUCAUCACUGUUUUUGACAUGUCGGCCAUGAUAGAAAUGUUGAAUAAGAGGGAGCAGAGUAAAGACACCAGCCAGAAUUUCUAUAAAGUAUUAGCAAAUCUCUCUGGACACUCUGACAGAAUUUAUUCACUUGCCUGGAGUCCCCACAUCAGUGGAUACCUCGUGUCAGGUAGUGCUGAUAAUACUGUUCAAGUCUGGAACAUUGAACGACAGGAGAUACUUGGAACCUACACCGAUCACUGGGGUGCUGUCCAAUCGGUUAUGUGGAGUCCACUGGAUCAUAAUUUCAUAUUUUCUGGUUCUUCAGAUUGUUCACUCCGUGUUUGGAGAUUCCCAGAUCAAAAAGUAGUACUUCCAACUGCAGAACUCAUCGGUGCAACUAAUAAAUCGAAAAAAUUUGCCAAGAAAUCCACAUCAACGUACCAAACAAAUGAAAAGUCAAAUGGUGAAGCAAUUAAGUCAAUGGUGAUGUCCGCUGAAGCGUUGUCUGCAGAGGAAUCCAGUGAUAAGUCAUUGGAAAGGAUACUCAACGUAAAAGAGAAAGAUAAGAAACGAGGAAAAAAAGUUAUCGCCUAUUUUCCCAAUUACCGAAAGCAAAUAAAUGAUAAAGAAACAGUGCUGAAAUCUUGUUUGGAGUUGGCGCGACAAGUAAAAGGUUUCGAAUCGUCUCAGACGAUUUUCGGAAGCAAAGACACACUAUCAAAGAUCCUCGACGUGGAGAGAGAGACUCAUUGGGAGGAGGGACACCUGAUGAUGACAGUGGAAAUGAGUUUGUGGGAUAAUAAAUUGAAAGAAACCAUUACAAGGGCGAUGGAGACUCAAUCAUUGAGUGAUUUCAUGGUCUCCCUUGCUCCAAACCUCAGCAUGAAAUUCUGGAGAGAAGUCAGCGAAGCUUACGCCAAUCAGCUGAUUCAAGAGGGCAAUCCAAUGAAAGCUGCAUCUUAUCUCCUGAGUCUCCAUAAAAUUCAUGCAGCAAUUGAUGUUUUGUUACAGGGAAAAUUAUACAAAGAAGCUUAUGUAAUAGCCAAAUGCAAAUUAGAUCCUCAUGAUGAAAUUUUUAAAGAGAUAAACAGGGAGUGGCUAGGAGCUGUCAUCAAGAGUGGCUCUUUCGAGGAAGCUGCACUCUGUUUGGUAGCUAAUGGAGAUUUCUCAGAGGCUGCACGAAUGUUAACGAGGAGAAAGGAUACGUCGAUACUUGUGACAUCUGCUAAAUUAGCGAGUAUGGGCAACAAUCAAGAGUUGAGUGAUUCAAUCAUUGAGGAAGCUUUAAAUCUAGAAUUGUCAAAGUUCAAUUACGAUAGGUGUAAGAAGCUGCUGGAGGAAUUUCGUAAUUCGCAGUAUCGAUUAAUUCAAGUAGAAGCUCAUGAGGAAUUGAAGAAGACAAUUGAUGAGAACUUCGAAACGAAUUUUGUUGAAAACUGGCUUACGGGGAAAUCUUGUUAUGGAUUAAUCGAAACCUUGAAGAACAAGUUUGAUUUGAUGAAGAUAAAUACUGAGAAUUUCUCCUCGUUCUAUAAUAAGUUAAAGGAAGUUGCUUAUCCUCCGACCGAUGGAAUCAAUCGUACAGAAUCAAUGCUUUGGCUGUCAAUCAGCAAAACUAUUGCGUUGGCCGCUGCUGCUCCAGAUGAACACCGCAGAAUUCAACAUCUCGUUGAAACACUAGGGGCCAUUUCUCACUAUGAAUUGAUGCAUUCAGGGAAAUCUGCUGGCGUUCAGAAGGGACUUUUUAUCAGAGUUCUUUCCAUUUUAGAGAAGACAAGACCUGCGGAAGAAAACUCGAUGUUUUAUUUCGAGGGGAAAGAUAAAACAAGAGUGGAGGGCGUUCAGAAAAGUUUGAGGGUGUAUUUGUGUCUCGGACUCAUCAACUGGCUGCUGGAGACGAUCAGUAUAAUUCAGGAAGAUAAUAACGAAACUUUAGUCAAUUCCGUCGUAGAACUCAUUGGAAAGUCCUUGGAAUUUGCCAUGGAUCAGGAGAGUGUCAAGUACUGGAUAAGAAUGACUAAAAUAACCAAAUUGCAAAACGCGUUGAUUUCUAGUGAGAAUAAUGAAAAGGAGAUUCAGAAAAGUGAUGAGCAGGAAAUCACGAUGGAUCAAAAUGAACUGUUAAAGAGACUCGAAGAGGCCAGACAAGCUCAGAAGAACUUUAUUGAAGAACGUGUAUGUGCACCCAGUCCCAUACUGAUUCAUAGCAAAGCUGUUGAACUUGGAACUCUCAUCCAAAAUGAGGAAGUAAAAAGUUGUUUCGAGAAAAUGGUCACUGAAGCUUGGAAGAGCGCUGUCAUUUUCAUUAGUGAAAAAUAACUCAAUUAUUAGUUAUAAGGAUUUAUGUAACUAGCAGUAUUUGAGACAAACCUCACUCUUAUCAUUUUGCCAUACAAUACAAUUUUUAUUUUAUUUUUUAUCUUUAAUUAUAGUUUGUAUAAUUAUUCCAAAAACAUUCAUUUUGUUUUCCGUUUUUCUUUCUGAAAACGAAAUUUCACUUUCAUUACGGUGUUUUUUUUUUAUUUUUGUAUUAGAGAACCGACAAAUUGGUCAAGAAAUCAGGUACAUUGACUAAGUAAUUUAUUUUUAUGUUUGUAGAUUCCAGAAGAUAUCUAUGUAAGCGAUGUACACAAAAUCAGUGAAGCUCAUUGAAAUCAAGACGACUGUUCAGUAUUUUUUUAUUAAUAAAAAAGUAUAGUUAAUUAA